AUGCCUGGGUUCGACUUCUCCAAUUACAACCGAAAUGCAGCGCUUCAUGCAAAGGGAGUCCCCCUGCCAAAGGCUACAAGCACUGGAACAACGAUUGUUGGAUGCAUUUUUGACGGAGGCGUCGUGAUUGCCGCAGAUACAAGAGCAACGAGUGGCCCUAUUGUUGCUGAUAAGAACUGCGAAAAACUUCAUUACAUUACUCCGUCGAUAUGGUGUGCAGGAGCUGGUACCGCAGCAGACACAGAAUUUACCACUGCGCUGAUCAGCUCCAACCUUGAACUCCAUGCCCUUUCCACCGGCCGAAAGCCACGCGUUGUAACCUGUAUGACAAUGCUGAAACAACACCUAUUCCGCUACCAAGGCUACAUCGGCGCGUAUCUUGUUAUUGCCGGUGUCGACCCUACCGGGGUCGGUCUUUACACAGUUCACGCCCACGGCUCCACCGACAAACUUCCCUAUGUGACAAUGGGAUCGGGCUCACUUGCUGCAAUGUCCGUGUUCGAAACUAUGUGGAGACCCGAAUUGACAAAGGAAGACGCCAUCGCUCUCGCUUCAGAGGCUAUAAAGGCGGGUAUCUUCAACGAUCUUGGUUCCGGAAGCAACGUGGAUGUUUGCGUGAUCGAGCAAGAUAAACCCACUCGGCUGCUUCGUAAUUAUAUCACACCCAACGAGCGGGGUGAGAAGGAGAGAAAUUAUCGAUUUGCAAAGGGUACAACAGCAUGGUUGGAUCAAAAGAUUAUUACAAAGGAGGAUAUAGGUCGAUAUGUGACCGUGCAGGAACUCGGCGAUGACAGGACUGGGGUGGUUGUGGAGAAGAUGGAUGUUGAUUCUUGA